AUGAAGCAGUUUACUAUGUUGACAGAUCCUGUAUAUUGCGGUCAAUUUAGUAAAUACAAGGACAUGUUGGAUAAAUCAGGAGAAUGGAUGUAUACUAGCGAAGGAAAGAUAGAAUGGGUUAAAGUUUGCGAGAAAACAAUGGAUUUUCCGAUAGAACCAUUUUUAGAUACCUAUGCCAUGGGAAAAUGUACAGGACUAAUUGCCUAUUGGCGUAAAAAAGUUGCAGAAACUAAAAUUCGACCGAUUGUUAAAGUUUACGACCAAAAUUCAAAUUUAAUUUCGACAAUUUACGUAGAUUACGAAUGUUAUAAUAUUGAUUUACAUGUGUUCAUGAAUGAUAAUGUCGGAGUUCUAGCAGACGAUGGCACAGUUCUUAUUUAUUCCCAUCAAAGUCAGAUUAAAAUGCAGAAACUCUUCAAAUUCAGCUACGUAUUAAGAUGCGCUUUCCAUGAAAAUGGAGUUGUUGUAUUUGCGAAAGAUGGAAAUAUAUACGAAUGCGAAAAUUUCGAAAAAACUCACGUUAUUACACAACACGGUUUUACAGAGAGAUUCAAACAACUUGAAAUCGUUCCAGAACAAUAUUCAUAUACUAAUGGCACGCUUUGCUUCGCUUUGGCUUAUGAAGGCGAAUUAUAUUUAUAUUCUUCCAAGGGAAGUUACAAGAUUGACUUCGAUAAUCCGAUCGAAACCUUUGCGAUAUCCACGAAUUACAACUAUAUUUCCAUUUUAUUCCAAGACAAAACGAUGAUUGUUUAUGAUAUCAAAUUAUCUCAAGAAAUCUACAGAACGAAUGUCGAUUUCGACAUCUUUGGAACAUUUCUUUUCCUUAAAUGGCUCGGAGAACUCGCUCCUGUCGCUGUAUUUCAAGAUGGACUUUUAUUUUUGUCUUCUGAUGGAACAUCUCCAUGUUAUUCCUUCUCAGGAAUGUGCUUAGCAUACAGUGAACAUGAUAGUUUGUUCAUCCAGACACAAACAGAGUCAUAUCGUUUAAUUGAAGUACCAGAAAACGUUUCUAACGUUUUAUCUACAAUGGUUUCAAGUGAUGGAGCCAAACUUUGCCAGAUUUUUGAUGAAAGAAUGAAAAAUCCUGUUUUAUCAAUGAUGAAUUCCGAAAUUGACCGAGAAACAGCAAAAAACGAGUGUAUUGAUACAGCAUUAUUUCUUAAUGACACGAAAUCAAGGGUUUUCUUCUUAAAUGCCGCAGAAUUAACAGAAAAUACCAAAAAUUUAGAAAACAAAAUUUUGAGAGCAAAAAUUUUGUUAACUUUACAAAAAAAUUGUUCAAUGCCAUUGACAAAUUCACAGUUUGAACAACUGCCAUUAUCCUGUUUAAGUGAAAGAUUAUGUAUAAGGCAUCUACACAUUGUUGCAGCGAAAAUUUUUGAAAGAUUAGAUGAAAAAACAACGAAUAUCUCUGAAAGUUAUUGUUGUUAUGUUAUUGACAACAUUUUAGAUGAUGACAAUUGUUUGGAAACUCUUAUUAAAGAUGAUUUCGUAUCUAUUUCUUUUGCAGCAUCUUAUGCAAUCAAAAAAGGAAGAAUGAAUUUGGCGAAAAACUUGACACAAAAGGAACAGAGUUAUGAAAAGAAAAGUGUUUUAUAUUCAUUGAUAAAUGAUUGGAAAAACGCAUUCGAGAAUUGUGAUUUGAGUUGCGAUUCCAGUUCAAUGAUACAAGUUAUUGCAAACGCAAUAGGUUAUCAUGACAAGAAUUUCGUGAAUAAUUGUAUUGCAGAGAAUGAAACAAUUUGUUAUUUUUGUAUUAGAAUGAUAUCAAUAAUUAGUUAUCAAAGAAUCAGAGCUAUUUUAGAAUUGAAUUCUACAAUGAAUCAAAGUGAAAAUUUGUUGAGAUAUUAUAUGUCUUUUUCACCUGAUUUCGUCAACAAAAAUGUUGAAAAUCUUGCAAAAAUAAAAGAAUUACAAAAAGUUAUUGGUGCUGAUAUUCAUGAUAAUGAUAUUGUUGGUUUAUCUUUCAAUCAAACUAUAAGGAAAUUGGCGAAAAAUUAUUUGCCAGAAACUGCAAUUUUAUUUGCAAAAGAAUCAAAGACGGAAAAUAGGACAUGGGAAAGAAUAUUUGUUGCAACAUUAGUUGAUGAAAAGAUGUAUGAUAAAGUCAAGGAAUUCGUUGUAACAAAAGAUAGAAAAUAUCUUUGGGAUUUAGUUGUGUUUUUGUAUCUGAAAAAUGGAGAGAAAAAUGAAAUUCAUUACUUCAUUUCGAAAUGCGAUAAAAUGGACGCCAAAAGAGCUGCAAGACUGAAACAAAUUGCGGAAGGAGAGAACUACGUGAAGACUAUCAAUGAAAAUCCACCGGAAUUUAGAGUAUUUAAAUCUAAUUCUUGGUAA